UAGAGAGCAACACAUACACUUGGCACAGCAUCCAAGCAACAAUCUAUAAAAAUACGAUAAAAAAACCACUGCGUAAAAAACAGAAAGUUCUUCUUAACUGGAAAAUCGAGAGGAAACAAUCAAAUAUAAAACGUUGAGUUUUUCUUCAAUUAAGUGCGUGUUUUUGUGCCGCGAACAACUCUUCAAAGGUUGCCCGCAAUGUAAACUAUAAACUGUGUGUUCUUUCUAUUCAAACCAAGAAACCAGAUCAUAGCCAACGUAUUGAAAAGACUUAUCAAAGACUUAAAUAAACAAAUUUACGCCGAUUUCAAAUUUAAAGAACUAAUAAAACCAAGCAACAACCGAAAUGGCGCCCUUCUACAAGCGCAUCUGCCGCAGCCUGUCCAUGCGCUACAAGGAGCCAUCGCUGAGCAUGGACAACACAGUCGAGACGCUGCUCAUCAAAAAUGAGGGAGACUUCAUCAGUGUGGAGCAAGGCAAAGAGCUGAAUGCACGCAAGAGACACUCACAGCAGCUAGCGCAUCCGCCGCACGCCGCACAGCAUCACCACCACCAGGUGCAGGGACACGCCUACUCCCAGCAACAGCAGCAGCAGCAGCAACACAAACGCGACGAGAACAUGCGCCAGCUGUUGGAUGUAACCAAUACGCUAACAAUUGAGGAGCUGCGCGACUUUGAAAUGCGCUAUGGCUCACCGCAUCACAGCCGCUCGCAGUCGGUGAAGAUGCCCGGCAGUCGCGCCUCUGGGCGACCAAAUCAGCUGUGUCUGCCCCAGCAGAGAUCUCGCGUCGCCUCCAUGCCCAACACUGGCGUCGAGGAGGAGUACUACAGACUGCGUCACUUUUCCAUCACAGGCAAGGGCGUUGUGAAUCGUGGCGAUUCGCUGAAGAGUCGCCGCAGUCGCUCCAACAACAGCGUUGCCAGCUCCAAUUCCAGCACAGAGCACUUGACCGCCCAACAACAGCAGCAGCAGCAGCUGCAGCUGCAGCAGGGUCAACAGCAGCUGCCGGCGCCCAGUUCCGCUUCGGCACGCACCUCGCUGGCCUCCAGUCGGGAGAGCAGCACCUCCAAUCCGGGCAAUGGACCCUACAGAGUUCUGAUGCUUGGCGGUCCGGCCGUGGGCAAAAGUUCGCUGGUCUCGCAGUUCAUGACCUCGGAGUAUUUGCAUGCAUAUGACACAAGCAUUGAUCUAGGCAACUGUGAUAUACGCAUACAUAUUGAAAAAGCCGCCGACGAUGACGAAUCUGGCGAAAAAGCCGUAUCAGUAUUACUCAGCGGCGAGGAGUCUGAGCUAAUAUUUAUAGAUCAUGGAUACACUGAAAUGACCCCGGAUGAAUGCUUGACCAACUAUGAUCCACAUGGCUAUUGCGUCAUCUACUCCGCCGCGGACCGCAGCAGCUUUAGCAUUGCCGAGCAGGUGCUUCAGGUGUUAUGGACCAAUCAAAACAUCGCACAGAAAGCCGUUAUUCUUGUCUCGAACAAAGCGGACCUCGCCAGGAGUCGACUCGUUACAUCCGAAGAGGGCAAGGCCAUGGCCACUGCAUAUGAUUGCAAAUUCAUUGAGACAUCGGUGGGCAUUAAUCACAAUGUAGAUGAGCUGCUGGUGGGUCUGCUGUCGCAGAUACGCCUCAAGCUCGAGAAUCCCGAAAAAUCCAGGGAUCUGUUUCGCAAGCGUUCCAUUCGCAAGUCCAAGCGUCGUGCCUGCUCGCCGCUCAGCUCUGGUUGCCUCAAUGCCAACACGCCGCUGGGUCCGCUGGGAGCCGCACUGGGCGAUGGCUCUGGAACGCCGCCCGGAAGCGCACACAGCAGCCCACGUAAAUAUCGCGGCUCCCGAACAUCGACGAGCCUCAAGGUCAAGGGACUGCUCGGACGCGUCUGGACGCGAGAUUCCAAGUCGAAGAGCUGCGAAAAUCUGCACGUGCUCUAAACGUCUCCUCCUCCACUACACAAACACAACGACUGAGCAUGGCCAGCACCCAGCUGGGGAAGAGGGGGCAUUUUCGUUAUUAUUACAAUUAUUAACCCAUUAGCCAUUUGGUUUCUCAAAUUCGGUGCAUACAAAAUCCAAAGGAUUAUCUACAUAUAUUAGCAUAUACGAUAAAUAGAAAA